AUACGGUAGGUGAACGGCGAGAUACAGAGAUACGAUCGGAAGAUGCAAGAGCACUUGGAGUACGAUAUACACGGUACAGAGCGGGAACAACAGGACGUACGAACCACGGUGAUACAUUUAGGAGACAAAUAAGUGGAAUGGUGGAUGGUGUAGGAGCUUUCCAGGUGCGUCGUGCGCACCCCCUUCAUUUGAUUGUGAUGCUGACCGCGGUAGGUAGUUGCGCCAGAGUCGACUUCGCCCUAGCCAAGCAUUCGCGACGCCUUCCCCUCUUCGUAUCCCCGGCCAGGCAGCGGAUCGUCACCCGCUGGCCCUACCGCGCGGCACCAUUACUCGCUGAUGCCGCGUCCCCCUCAGGCUGGGCACGUUGCAGCGUCCUGCGGCCUGCCCAGUUUGAGGGGGAGAGGAUGUCGAUAUACCGAGGCGUCUCAUGGGACGUUGACGGGAGGAUUCAGCCAGCGUGUCUGCAUCGUAACAUGCUUGGGUUGUCGAGGUGUGGGGUGCGAGCGGAUGCAGGCGCGGACGCUGGCGGCCGGAGGUUGAGUUGGAUUUCUGGCGGCCUCUGCGGGCGGACGACGGGGUGCCCAUUGUUUCGAGCACCGUCGAUGGUGCGGGAUGGGUCAAGACGAGAAAGGAAGUCGGAUGGCGAUGUUGCGCCGGGAGGGUUCUGGAUGUCGAUGUUGUGGUCAUCUGCACGGCUUUGCAGGUGCGUGGUUGAGCGCUUCUCGUGAGCGCGUAGCUGACUCCCCUCCCUCGCCAGAUUCCUCGGGUUAUGU